CUCCUGAAGUUAAGUAUGGGUACGUGGUAGGCAACCAACUGUUGCCCCUCGCGCGCAGAGCCAUAUAGUAUAGUAUAGUUAUAUAUAUAUAUAUAUAUACACAUAUAUAUUAUAUACACAUAUACAACUAAUACGAUGCUUCCCCGCCGGCCGGACUGCGGGGGGACGCGGACCGGAGGAGCGUCGCGCGGCGGCGGCUCGGUGGUCAACUUCAGGACGGCGGGGACCGACUCGGGCUCCGGGCGCCGCGGCUCCGCGGUGCUGCCGUCGGUGCUGACGUUCCUCGUGAUCGUGGCGUCCGGAGGCCUGCUGCUCAUGAUCGAGAAGGGCAUGCUGAGCGGCGUGGAGACGCCGGCACCCCGGGGGGACGGCCAGCGGCCCGGGGAGAAGAAGCUCGGCCCGGCUGGUGUGGACGUGGACUCGCAGAUCCUCCAGGAGAUCCGCAACCGGACCAUCCGGACCGUGUGCAGCCAGAAGAACAUGCCCCACAGCGUCUGGGACCUGAGCCCGCUGCAGAGGAAGACGCUGCUGCAGCACGUCCUGGUGAACGACCGGUACCGCUUCCUCUACUGCUACGUGCCCAAGGUGGCCUGCUCCAACUGGAAGCGGGUGCUGAAGGUCCUGAACGGCGCCCUGGAGAGCGUGGACGUCAGCAUCAAGAUGGACCACCGCAACGACCUGCAGUUCCUGUCCUCCCUGAAGCCCGAGGAGAUCCGCCACCGCCUCAAGCACUACUUCAAGUUCAUGUUCGUGCGCGAGCCCAUGGAGCGCCUGCUCUCCGCCUACAGGAACAAGUUCGGGGAGAUCGAGUCCUACCAGAAGAAGUACGGCGUGGAGAUCGUGACGCGCUACAGGAAAGGCCCGCGCCAAGGACGCCGCCGCCGCCGCCCGGCCCGCGUGAAGGGCGACGACGUGACCUUCGCCGAGUUCGUCCGGUACCUGCUGGACGAGGACGCCGAGCGCAUGAACGAGCACUGGAUGCCGGUGUACAACCUGUGCCAGCCGUGCGCCGUGUCCUACGACUUCAUCGGCUCCUACGAGCGGCUGGAGGACGACUCGGAGUUCGUGCUGCGGCGCGUCGGGGCGCCGGCCGCCGUCCGCUUCCCGGAGAGGCAGACGUGGUACAAGCCGGUGACGGCGGAGACGCUGCACUACUACCUGUGCGGCCUGCCGCAGAAGCUGCUGAGGGAACUCCUGCCCAAGUACAUCCUGGACUUCUCCCUCUUCGCCUACGCGCUCCCCAACACCACCGCCCAACACUGCCGGCAUUAAAACGUGCCCAGAAUCGUCGUUUUAAAAAAA